GUUCUGCCCUGUCUUAUCUCAGAAAAGCCCAAAAAGAAAGAAAACCUGACAGUAGACACAAUUCUGGACUGAAUGAAGAGGACUGUCAAAGAGAACUGAGGAAUGCUGAACUUCCUGUCUCAUUCUCAGUGGUUCACUGGAGCUGUCGAUCAGGCCUCAGAGUCCUUACGUAUGAGCAACACGGCUGCCAAGACACCCAUCUGUCCAAACAGCCAAGGAUUGAUUGCAUAGAAUAACAAGAGCCUUGAGAAGAAGUGAGAGGAAGAGAGGGGAGGAAGAGGAGAAACCAUACUGCCACACUUACAGACGUUUUUCUUCUCCCCGUUUAAAAAUCAUCUUGUUGGUCCUUAACCCCUCACUUGCAUAACCCGUCCAUCCUUCUCCCAGUCUUCUUUUCUGUGUCUUGUUCUCUCCAACCCAACUGGUAGCAUGUCUACCCCGGUCUCUCCGUCUCCAUCUCUGUCUCCCCUGGCCCUGUCCUCCCCAUCACCCUCCUCCUCCCCGCUCCCCUCUCCUCUUUCUCCUCCCCCCAAGCUGCCAGUCUUCCAGAGGAAGGGAGCUCUCAAGCACAAGAGGGUCAUUGAAGUGAAGGACCACCAGUUCACAGCUCGAUUCUUCAAGCAGCCUACUUUCUGCAGCCACUGCACUGACUUCAUCUGGGGAAUUGGAAAGCAAGGAUUCCAGUGUCAAGUCUGCAGUUUUGUGGUGCACAAACGCUGCCAUGAGUUUGUCACUUUUACUUGUCCCGGAGCCAUCACUACUCCCAAAGCAGAGGAUCUCAAGAGCAAACACAAGUUUAAAGUACAUACAUACUCCAGUCCAACCUUCUGUGAUCACUGUGGGUCUCUGCUGUAUGGCCUCAUACAUCAGGGUAUGAAAUGUGCCAGUUGUGACAUGAAUGUACACAAGCGCUGUGAGAGCAGUGUCCCCAGCCUGUGCGGACAGGACCACACUGAGAAAAGAGGACGGAUUCGCCUGACCGUGCGUGGAGAGAAAGAGGACAUAUAUGUCACAGUGCAUGAAGCCCAUAACCUGAUGCCCAUGGAUCCUAAUGGCCUGUCGGACCCUUAUGUGAAGCUCAAACUCAUUCCUGAUCCAAAAAGCCAGAGCAAACAGAAAACCAAAACCAUCCGUUCUACACUCAACCCUAUCUGGAAUGAGAGCUUCACCUUUUCAGUGCGCGGGAGGCAGUGGGACAGGCGUUUGUCUGUAGAGGUCUGGGACUGGGAUCGGACCUCACGGAAUGACUUCAUGGGCGCUCUGUCAUUCGGCGUUAGUGAGAUAUUCAGACGUUCAGUCAGUGGCUGGUUCAAACUACUCAACCAGGAUGAGGGAGAGUAUUAUAACAUCCCUGUACCUGACCCAGACCUGCAGGUACCAGAUGCUGCUCUCACGCCCUCUGUUCCUCCUGCUCCUGUUACUGUGACGACGCCUGUUCCGACUGUGACCCCUCCUGCUCUGAGUCUGACUCCCACUGCACUGCACACGGGCAAAGGCCAAGUCAGGCUGCACGAUUUCAACUUCCUCAUGAUUCUGGGCAAAGGGAGCUUUGGCAAGGUCCUGCUGGCAGAGGAGAGGGGCAGCGAGCGCUUGUUUGCGGUGAAGGUGUUGAAGAAGGACGUGCUGUUUCAGGAUGAGGACACAGAGAGCGCUAUGGUGGAGAGAAGAGUGCUGGGCCUCGUGGGCCGACCUCACUUCCUGACCUCCCUCUACUGCGCCUUUCAAACCGAGGAUCGUCUGUAUUACGUCAUGGAGUACGUGAACGGUGGUGAUCUUAUGUUUCACAUCCAAAUCGUCGGCAAGUUUAAAGAACCGCAUGCAGCGUUCUAUGCUGCUGAGAUCGCGGUGGGUCUGUUCUUCCUGCACAACAAAGGCAUCAUAUACAGAGAUCUAAAGCUGGACAAUGUCCUGCUGGACAGUGAAGGACACAUAAAGAUAGCAGACUUUGGGAUGUGUAGGGAAGGCAUGAUGGAAGGGGACACCACUCGCACCUUCUGUGGCACACCUGAUUACAUCGCACCUGAGAUUGUGGCGUAUCAGCCGUAUGGUAAAGCAGUGGACUGGUGGUCGUAUGGAGUCCUGCUCUAUGAAAUGCUGGCUGGGCAGCCUCCUUUUGAUGGUAUAGAUGAGGAGGAGCUGUUUCAGUCCAUCAUGGAACAGAGCGUUUCAUAUCCGAAGUGUCUCUCUCGGGAGGCUGUGGCCAUCUGCAAAGGGCUCCUCACCAAGAACCCUGCUAAGCGUUUGGGUGGAGGAGAGGAUGCAGAGAGAGAGCUGCGGGAGCAUCCUUUUUUCCGCUGGAUAGACUGGGACCGGCUGGAGAGAUUGGAGACACAGCCUCCCUUCAAACCCAGAAGUGGAGGCAGAAAAGGAGAGAACUUUGAUAAUUUUUUCACAUCCGCCCCCUCCGCCCUCACGCCUUCUGACCCGGAUGUUCUCGCCGCUAUAAGUCAAGAGGAAUUCCAAGACUUCACCUACAUAAACCCGGAAUUUCCUCCCUCACCCCUAACAGCUGUCUGAGAAAACCUCAAUCAAUCCACACCAACCGUCUUUUGAUUUUUCUGCUCCUGUUCAUGAUUUAAACUAUGGUGACCAAAAGAAAAGAAUGUGUAAUUUGGCUUCAGCUUGCUUACAAUAGGAGUCUGUCUCAAUUAGACCAGCAAUCACCUUCUGCAACAACACCACAACUGAUUUUAAUCAUCUUAACGGUAAAGCAAACUAAGCAUUAAUAAUAUUUAGCCGGUCCACUCUGAGAGUAUCAGCCUGAAUUAUUUAAGGGUCAUGCAUUCAUGCCAUUAUCUCAUUGGACAAUGGAAUCUUAUUGGAUAUCCCUUUGGAUGCUAGUAGUUGCCAUGACCUAAUUAUAACUGAGUGCACUAUAGAAACCAGCAUGAACAUGAUUCCCCCCAUGUUUUAAAGUUCACUUCAAGCUGAUUAUUUAAUCUCAGAUCAAACUAAUGCGUUUCUGCUUGUCUUUGUGUAAGAUCCUGUUUGCUCUGGUUUGGUUUAGGUAACUAAAUAAGUGCAGACAGGUAAGCAAAUACUAGUAAUCAUCUAACAACUGGUAUAGAAACUCCGUAUUAUGAUUUAGGAGUCACACACAUGACAGCUAAAUGCAAAAAUAAAAAUAAAAAAAUGAAAGAUUACUGCUUCAGCAUAUAAACUACUUGUUUGUGACAUGAAUGUUAAGAGCUGAUAUUCUAUAUCUCUGUAGAUGCAUCAGAAUUCAAUCCAAAAAAUAUGACUCUAUACAGACUAUAAACGUUUGCAUCAUCUUAGCAUAUUACAAAAAAAGUCCU